AUGCAACAGCAAGUGGUAACGUUUGCGCAUGCGUCAGUCCUGCUGGGAAGCACUUGUUGACCGGAAAUCGUAAUGGCCGAAAGCUGUCGUGAAGCACUUUCAAGGGAGAUUUUUUUGCAUACCCAGUCAAUAGCAGACAUGUGUUAUAGAUUGGAUACUUUGGCUCAGCCAUGUUGAAGUGUCAUGUAUGGGAGAAGGACCAUUUAGCUGGUUAAUUUUCAUCCAUUUGGCUCCUCUGAUGAAGCAGAUAAGGCGUUCACGAGGUCGUUUGUUGUGAUAUGUUGAUUUGUUGACAUUCAAGCGGUCACGGAUUUAUGGGUUAUCGUCCAUGAUCUGCAGAGCUGCUUAGCAUUUAGGUAAGAUAUACCCCUUCAUUUACUUUGUGAAAUGUGGAGCAGCAUCAUCGAAUGUUAUGUGUUAAAAUUAUAGCAGCCUGAAUUCAACGCAAUUUAUGUGAGCCCCGUACCGGGCCCCGUAUUUUUGUAGUAUUUGACCCUGACCGUACAGCGAGAUCCAGUUAUAUAUCCCACACAAACGACUAAACAGGUUAAACGUCUCUUUCGGUCACUCCGUAUUUUCACUUUUAAUGGUUAAUUCAAAGGGGGGGAGUUCGAGUAUUUUGAUACUAUUUAGCGGCAUGAAAUCAACAAGCAAAUUUCCUGCUCUUACAAGUAAGGCCGUAGUCGGAUGUGUCCUUCCAUUUUCGAAAAUUUGCUUUUCUGGUUUACAUUGGUGCUCUAUGGCGACUACUUAUUCUCGGAGAUUAAGAGAUCGAGGCAGUGGAUCGUGAAAUAUUAUUUGCUAAAACUUCGUUUAAGAUAGACAAAUUUUUCUUGUCCUUUUCAACCUUAAUUGUUUUCAGAUUUUUCGUGAACAUGUAAAAGUAUAUCCCAACAAAACUUAUUUGUAAAAGCAUUGUUUCGGAACACUCUUUCAUUCUUGAAUGUUUGAUUUUGCAUCCAAGGCGGGGAACGCUGAUGAAUUUGCGUUUUAAUAAUCAUGCACUGUAAGCUCUAAGAUUCAUUGACAACAGGGGCACCCAACGACAAUUUUCGGAAAAAUAUCUGUUCGGAAGACGAUUUGAGAUCUAGAAUUUUCGGAACAUUUGUUGCAAAAUUUCUUGCCUGCGUGCUUCUCCUAGGAUUUUCGAACAUCUAAAAUAUGGUAUAAUUGCCUUUUUUGGGAGCCUUUUUUCUGGCUGAAAUUUUCGAAAAGGUAAGUUUUGAUCCCUAUAAUUUUCGGAUCAUUAGACUUUCAGCUAGGAAAUCCGAACAGAUGAAAAAUUUUUAGGGGAUGAAAAUAUGCCUAUAUCUACCGUUUAAAUACCAAAAUACGUUUAACAAUGCUAUGUUUUCGUGGUUUUGAACCAUAUUCUCGUUGGGUGCCCCUGUUGACAAGAACCCUCACCAUUUUGGAAGAUGAUUAUUCUAUGAUGAUUUUGUUUAUACAUAUAAAAUUGGCGCCUAAAAGAAUUUUAAUGUUGUGCUUAAAAUGUUUACAUAAUGUCUUGAAACAUAACUGAAAUCAAUAUAAAAUAUGAAAAUACACAUAUGUGCAUUCUUUUCCCUGCCCUACUAUAAAAUAUGAUAAGUGUGAUUUAAUGCAUUUUCAUGUGACCAUUAUGAUAUUACCCCCCGGGGGGGGGUACUGCCAUAUAUGGGCUAUAUAGGUAUGUGCCGCUGUGAAGGGUAUGGUUUUCAAGCAGUUUACUCUAGGAUAGGGUAUAUAAAUCAGAGCGUUUGGCUCUAGAAUAGGGUAUCAUUUUUCAGGAAACUGAUCAGUUGGUUGAAGAUUUUAUCUAGACUAGGUACACAGCUACUCUAGGAUAGGGGGAUUUGGGGAGUUUACUCUAGUAUAGGGUAGCAAAAUUCAGCUGAACUAGCUCUGGUAAAGGUUAAGGGUUCCAGGCUCCCAGCGGCACAUCCCCACCCAGAAAUUCCUAAAGUGCCCCCCCCGGGUAUUACCCCCACUUUGACACUAGCACAAGUUCAAGCGCAAAACAAUUCUUUGCCUUGUUCAGCUUUGCACUUGCUGGACUGCCAUUCCUGUUUGAAGCACAGACUAUACUGGACAUGAAAUCUGUGAAUUUGAUUCCUUGCAUUGGCAUCCACAUAAGAAUUAGCUCCAUCACGUACAAUGUAUUUGUAUGCUAACAAAAAUCAUAAAAUAUAAUGUUAUCAUUCCUUUUCUAUCCAAAAGAUUUCUUUCCUUCUUGAAUAUAAAUUCGUAUCCAUCACACUUUGGAAAUUCUGAAUAUCUAAAGGGGUAUCACUAGUUGUGUGCAACAACAAAAUGCCAUAGGAGUAACUUUCCACUCUCCGCUAGAAAUAAUUCUUUUGAUACUCUGGGUCUCAUAUAUUCAGUGUUUGUGCACAUGAAUUUAGGAGCACUUAUGGCUUGCCAAUGUCAGUUUGGCUGUGUAUACACAGUAGUAAUGCAUAUAGUCAUCUAUCAUAGACUGCACAAGUUGCAAUUGAUGCUCCUGGUGUUGCAAGAUGACAAGUUAUGGAAAAUUUCAUUUGCCUUUUACCUGUUGCAGGAGCUCCCUGUGAGAUGCUCAGCACAAAACCUUGUUGAUUCAAGUGAUAGUCAUUGAGGACGACUGCAUCGUCACAUUCAAACCAGUUGCACUUUUCACUCAAGCCAUAGCAGAGCUGGUACAAAAUGGCGACUAUCUGUUUUUCAUUUAACCCUAUGCUGUCUGCAGAAUGUGAAGGGUCUGUCACUCCAUCCUGAACUGCAUCAAAUAGCCUUGGUGCCCCAGAAGACACACAGACAAGCUUUAAUUUUAUUUGAGUCAUACAUUGGCUCACUUGAAGCUAUCAGGCUUUAAGAUCCUUAAGUUCUCCACAUGUUGAAAUUGAAUGAAAAGGAAAAGUUAGGGCAAAUUUUCUCUCAUUUUCAAUUUCUUAAUCUUCAAAUCAUAAGAACUUGGCCCCAAAUAGAUAUGGGUUAGUCAAGGGAGCUAAGCCUUAUUAGUUAUAUAUUAAAUAAUUAACACAUGUGCAGUAAAAAAUACCAACAACAAAAUUUCUGAAAAGCAAAAAUGAGUGCAAGCAUGGAAGUACCAGAAGCAGAAAAUUCACUUCAAUAUCUCAGGGAGAAAAUGCAGUUUUAAAUAUGACUUUGAUCUUUACUAUUUUAAGUAUUUUCACUGUUGUGUGCAUGCAUAUUUGCAGUUUUCUAGUAUGUAGAAGUGUGGGGAGUAAAGGGAAGGAUUUUUCAUUGUUAGGGUUACCUCAAUAAAACACAUCUGUAAUAUGACACAUCUUGUACCACUCUCCUCUCUUGGCUCAUCUAAUUCUUUAUUUUAGAGGUAUAAGGGGCAUCUUGGAUUCAAGAGCCUCCAUAUUACAAAAUUCUGCCUACACCCCUGAAUAAGUUAAGGCAUCACAUACAUUUAAUAGAUGUCAUUUCUAGAGUUUGGGUCUUCAGUGUUAUAUCAUCUAGUCAAAAAUGGAAAGAUACAAUUUCAUAGCCCUGGGUGGGAUAUCUUUGAAAUUUUAUCAGUCACAGAAUCAGGGCACUGCACCUCGUCUGGACACUGGUGGUUAGGAUAGGGUAUCUCUGAAAAUUAAUUACUGGCAGAAUCACUGCACUAAGGUUGCACAUCUCUAAACAACAGGGCGUUCCUGAACCAUAACUGACGUGGAAUCGUACUAUUGCAAGGAGAUUGUCGCAUAGCAUUUAGAAUUGUUUUCACAGCGUUUUAUUCAAAUCUUAAGCGUCGGACGUUUUGUACUCGGUCACAACUUAUAUGAGGAGAUUUUUUCCCAGUUACCCAGUGCUUUAAUAGAGGAGUUUUGUAGCUGUUACACAGAACCCCAUCAAAGCGCAAAAUUGUAAAUGAUCUGCGACUUAUUAGCCUUGAGACCAAUCUCGCAUAUUACACAGAAGACUUUGUCUUAUCUGCACUCCACAAAAAUAGAACAGAUGACUAAGACGAUGGUAAUUUUUAAAAGAGGCGCCAUUUUUCUUUACUGCGUUCGCUGCGAUCCAAUACCACCACAAACUUCCGCCCAGCGGCUCGCGCAUACUCGCAACGUUACCACUUGCUGUUGACUUAUGCGCUUAGUACUUGUGAGUGACAGCUUUAUCCCCAAGGGUCCUUGGGAGCUACUCUGAUUGGUCCAAGCGCACCGACCCGUUUUUGGGUCGGAAAAAUUGGCGCUAAUCAAGUAUGAAAAGUCCUUCGUCCCGCGCCAUAUGAAAUCCGACAAAGGACGUUUGGAAAGUCUAAGUCUUUGAGCGAAUUUGUGUAUUUUGUGAAAAGGCCGAAUACCUUAAAGGAACCAAAACUAGAGAGGCACUUAUUCAGAGUGUUGACCUUCGUGUUGAUAGUACCAUCCGGAGAGCAGCUGUGGGUAAAAACGAUCCAAGGAUACUAGCUAUUGUCACUAGGGAACUUGUUGAGGCAGAAGCGUGCGACCAUAAGUCUUGUUAUCGUGAUUACACUCGAAACGUU